AUGGAGAUAACACUGAACAGUGGCUACAAGAUGCCGAUCGUCGGCUUAGGAGUGUGGAGGAUGGAGAAAGAAGGGAUUCGAGACCUUAUCACCAAUGCCAUCAAGAUCGGCUAUCGCCAUCUCGACUGUGCUGCUGAUUACAAGAACGAAGCCGAAGUUGGUGAGGUUCUUACGGAAGCUUUCAAGACUGGUUUAGUCAAGAGGGAGGAACUCUUCAUUACGACCAAGCUAUGGAAUUCAGACCAUGGGCAUGUGGUUGAGGCGUGCAAAGACAGUCUCAAGAAACUCCAACUGGAUUACCUCGACCUUUUCCUUGUUCAUUUUCCCGUAGCAACCAAGCACACAGGAGUUGGAACAACAGAUAGUGCUAUGGGCGAGGAUGGGGUAUUGGACAUUGAUACAACCAUCUCUCUGGAAACUACAUGGCAUGACAUGGAAACGCUUGUUUCUAUGGGUUUGGUCCGCAGCAUUGGAAUCAGUAACUAUGAUGUCUUUCUAACGAGAGAUUGCUUGGCUUACUCCAAAAUCAAGCCUGCAGUGAAUCAGAUUGAGACACAUCCUUACUUCCAAAGAGAUUCUCUUGUCAAGUUCUGCCAGAAGCAUGGCGUUUGUGUCACCGCUCAUACGCCUCUCGGAGGUGCCACGGCCAACGCAGAGUUGUUUGGUACCGUGUCAUGUCUAGAUGACCCAGCUCUCAAACAAGUGGCCGACAAGUACAAAAAGACAGUGGCGCAGGUUGUCCUGAGGUGGGGAAUCCAGAGGAACACAGUGGUGAUACCAAAGACGUCGAAACCUGAGAGAUUGGGACAGAAUUUUCAGGUUUUCGACUUCGAGCUGAAGAAAGAGGACAUGGAGCUGAUCAAAACCAUGGACAGAAAGUACCGUACGAACCAACCAGCCAAGUUUUGGGGCAUUGAUCUCUACGCUUGA